GGGAGAAUUUGUUAGUUGGUGGGCUAAAUGCAAUAUCGGAAUCAAGCAAGUGAGAAAAAAAAAGUAAAGGUUAAAGGUAAAAGGCAAAAGGCAAAAGUUCGGUAUAUUGCAAGCAAGAUUGUUUAAUCCGAACGCGGAGCCAGAACUGGAGAAGAAGCCUGCAUAAAUUUCCUGUGUCUAUGACUAAUGAAUGUUCAUAGAAACUUCUCGAACUAACAAAACACCAACAGCUACCCCUCUUUUAUUCCCUCUUAGGCUCCCACCCUUACAAGCAAUCUACCAGACACCAAAACUAAAAGUCCGAAAUACGCUUCCUCGUUGGCUACUUCCUUUGAAGCAUUUCCACAAGCAUUUGGCAGCCAUGGCAGAAGACGGAGCCGUAACACUCUACAAAGCCACGUCCAUAACCGACGCCAAGAAGAACUCCUUCUCUAUCAAAGCGGGGCUUGCCCAAAUGCUCCGUGGCGGCGCCAUUGUCGAAGUCUCAACCCUCAGCCAAGCAAAAAUUGCCGAGGAAGCCGGUGCCUGUUGUUUAGUCAUCACCGAACCCAACCGCCAAGGCAUUUCGCGCAUGCCGGAUCCUUCGAUCAUCAAACAAAUAAAACGCUGCGUAUUAAUCCCCGUUAUGGCUCGUUCCCGGGUCGGCCACUUCGUCGAAGCCCAGAUUCUCGAACGAGUAGGAGUCGAUUACAUCGAUGAAAGCGAGGUUUUAGCAAUAGCCGAUGAAGAUAAUUUCAUUAACAAGCAUAAUUUCGGAUGCCCUUUCGUUUGCGGCUGCAAGAACCUAGGGGAUGCGUUAAGGAGAGUGAGGGAAGGAGCUGCCAUGAUUAGAACGCAGGGGGACUUGUUGGGGACCGGUAACAUUGCUGAAACGGUUAAAAACGUCAGGUCUGUGAUGGGUGAAAUCAGGAUUCUAAAUAACAUGGAUGAAGAUGAAGUUUUCGCGUUUUCGAAGGAAAUUGCUGCCCCUUAUGAUCUGGUUGCCCAAACCAAGCAAAUGGGGAGACUACCAGUGGUGCAUUUUGCUGCUGGUGGAAUUGUAACUCCGGCAGAUGCUGCAUUGAUGAUGCAGUUGGGGUGUGAUGGUGUCUUUGUGGGAUCAGAAGUGUUUGACAAUGGCUCGGAUCUGUAUAAGCGUGUUCGGGGAAUUGUGGAAGCAGUUAGGCAUUACAAUGAUCCUCAUGUUUUAGUCGAAAAUAGUUGUGGAUUGGAGGAGGAAAUGGCGGGCCUGAAUGUCAGUGAGGAGACGAUGGAACCCUUUGGAGAAGGAGGAGCUUGAUCAAGUAAUGUAUCUUCUUUCCUGUUGUUGAGAUUCAUAUGACUGUUUCUUAGUUUGCUCUUGAAGUUGUUGUUCUUUUAGUUUUGCUGAGGUUUGUAUGUUGAACUCCGUGAGGAUAUAAUUACAGAAUAAGUUGGUUUAAUCA